AUGGAGAGGGAGAACAAGACAAGUAUCUCUGAAUUCCGCCUCCUGGGACUUCCUAUCAGACCACAGCAUCAUGUUCUGUUUUACAUUCUUUUCCUGAGCAUGUAUCUCACCACAGUCCUGGGGAACCUGCUUAUUAUCUUUUUGAUCAGACUGGACUCUCACCUUCAUACUCCCAUGUAUUUCUUCCUCAGUCACUUGGCCUUCACUGAUGUCUGUUUCUCAUCAGUGACUACCCCAAAGAUGCUGGUGAACAUGCAGACAGGGAGCCAGACCAUUCCCUAUAAUGGCUGCAUCUCACAGAUGUGUUUCUUCAUAUUCUUUACUGAUCUGGACAGCUUCCUGCUCACUGCAAUGGCUUAUGAUCGCUAUGUUGCCAUCUGCCACCCUCUCUAUUAUACCACUGUUAUGAGCCAGAGUCUCUGCAGCCUGCUGGUGGUUGGCUCCUGGAUUGUCUCCUGUGCCAGCUCUUUUUCCCACACCCUUCUCCUGGCCCAGCUCAUGGGAAGAGACAACAACACAAGUGUCUCUGAAUUCCUCCUCCUAGGACUUCCCAUCAGACCACAGCAACAGGUCUUGUUCUGCAUCCUGUUCUUGAGUGUUUAUCUCACCACACUGUUUGGGAACUUGCUUAUCAUCUUGCUGAUCAGAUUAGACUCUUGCCUUCAUACUCCCAUGUAUUUUUUCCUCAGUCACUUGGCCUUCACUGAUGUCUGUUUCUCAUCAGUGACUACCCCAAAGAUGCUGGUGAACAUGCAAACAGGAAGCCAGACCAUUUCCUGCAAUGGCUGCAUCUCACAGGUGUAUUUCUUCAUAUUCUUUGCUGAUCUGGACAGUUUCCUGCUCACUGCAAUGGCUUAUGAUCGCUAUGUUGUCAUCUGCCACCCUCUCCACUAUACUACUGUCAUGAGCCAGGAAUUAUGCAUCCUACUGGUUGGGAUCUUGAUCCUCUCCUGUGCCAACUCCUUGACCCACACCCUUCUCCUGGCCCAACUGUCCUUCUGUGCAGACAACACCAUAGCUCACUACUUCUGUGAUCUGGCUGCUUUGAUCAAGCUAUCCUGCUCAGAUAUCUCCCUCAAUGAACUAGUGAUAUCCACUGUAGGGGUAGCUGUUAUUACACUGCCAUUAAUAUGUGUCAUUGUCUCUUACAUCCGUAUUCUUGCCACCAUCCUGAAGAUCCCUUCUACUAAGGGGGUCUGCAAAGCUUUGUCAACCUGUGGCUCUCACCUAUCUGUGGUGUCUUUAUAUUAUGGGACAAUCCUUGGUCAGUAUUUUGUCCCAUCCUCCAAUAACUCUAAUAUCAAAGACAUCAUUUCUGCUCUGAUGUAUACAGUGGUGACUCCCAUGCUGAACCCCUUCAUCUACAGUCUGAGGAACAGAGAUAUUAAUGGGGCCCUAAAGAAAGUCCUUAGGGGAAUGUUCUCUUGUCCUUCAUAG